AUGGCGCUGUGGUGUCGAAAGUGCGUGUUUCUCAAAGGCAAGCUCGAGAAGAAGGCUUCGUUCUUCGGCGACGACGUGCGAUUCGCGUUCGUGGACGUCAAUAAGGUGUCGCAGGAGCUCGUGCGUGGAUGUGGCGUCGAGAGCAUGCCGACGCUGCAGGUGUACAGGAAUGGGGAGAAGCUUUGGGAACUCGUGGCGGGGGAGGACGGCGAAGCCGUGGUGAAGAAGCUUCACUACGCGAUAGAGGACGCGCAAAAGGAGAAGUGA